AUGGAUGAGGGUAUUGAUCCUGAUGUAGUGUCAUUGCACUCUUCUAAGAUAUCUGGCAUCAGGCGUGCAUUCGAGGAGAGGAAUAAGGAUAUUAUGAUGGCCGCAAGCUAUGGAUAUUUGCAAGCACCAGGAGAUUUCAGGUAUAGUACCGCAUGGGCACGAGGUUCAUCUCCGCCUGGAUUCGCAGUUAAAAUGGCAGUCCAAAGCACCGAAGCCAUGAAUGUACGCUUUCUGAUAAAUACUAAAACUCGACGUAUCGUAUAUGCCGAGGCAAAGGAGUUUGUUGAUUUUCUGUUUAGUUUUCUUUCCAUGCCCCUCGGUUAUGUCCUCAAAUUACUCUGUGAAUCUCAAUCCAAUAGAAAAAUUGGCUCUGUAUCCAAUCUUUACGACAGCAUGGAAAUACUGCCGUCUCAGUUUAUGAGUACGGAUAAAUCCCAGUUGCUCGACCCUAAAUUUGUAACUUCCUAUUCUAAUAACUCUCUGAGGAUUGAAGGUGGAAAAUACUACGUUUGCAGUUCAAACAUGAGUUACAGCAGCAGCACAACUCACAAUAUCAGCACGAGGAACACAGAUAUAUGUGUCUGCGGAAAUCGAAUUAAUUGUCUCGUUCAGCUGCGGCAGAAUACCAAUACCACCACCGGAAGCAGCAGCCAAACUGGAGGGGAAGGGAGUAGCGGAUAUGUGAAAGAAAUGCUUAUAUUUAUAAUAACUGACGACUUGAAGAUAAAAGGAAGUUCAACUAUCACCAGUAUAACGUUACUCAAUCAACUCAAUGUUAAAGACUUAACAGAACUUGAGGAGCGGACUGCGGUUGUUGAUAGCAACAAGGCACUGAAGAUUUUAGAGGCAUCUUUGGUUUCCACAACUGUUUUGAACGAUGUUUUUGGAGCCGAGUUUUCUCUGCGAGGCAAGGCGUCCAUCCAAAAAUGA